AUGCCACUAACGGUCGAGCCAUUGGAGGCCGCAGUACCAGCUGCUGGAGGCAAAUCCACUCAUCAACUCACCAAUAACACGAAUCAGAGGAUGAUCUUCAAGAUUCGCAGCACUAACAAUGACGAGUAUCGUGUUCGUCCUGUCUUCGGAUUCGUCGACCCGGCUGGAAACGCAAGCAUUGAA